GUGCGAUACCAUAUAUAUACACACACACGCUUACGGACUAAGUUCUCUGCAACCCUAGCUGUGAUACACAUUUGCCGCUUACAGCUUCCUUCUCGUCGUUUGUAGUCAUGGCGGAUAUCGAAACAGAUGUCGCUCCAGGGCAGCCGAAGAAGAGGACCUUUAAGAAGUUCAGUUUCAGAGGAGUUGAUUUGGAUGCUCUCCUCGACAUGUCCACUGAUGAACUUGUGAAGCUCUUCCAUGCUAGGGCUCGCAGAAGGUUCCAACGAGGUCUGAAGAGGAAGCCCAUGGCUUUGAUUAAGAAGCUGCGCAAGGCGAAAAGGGAAGCUCCACCUGGUGAGAAGCCAGAGCCAGUUAGGACUCACCUUCGUAACAUGAUCAUAGUACCUGAAAUGAUUGGAAGCAUUAUUGGAGUAUACAACGGCAAGACGUUCAACCAGGUUGAAAUCAAGCCUGAAAUGAUUGGCCAUUAUCUUGCCGAGUUCUCCAUUUCUUACAAGCCUGUUAAGCAUGGUAGGCCAGGUAUUGGUGCCACACAUUCCUCAAGGUUCAUUCCUCUUAAGUGAGAUCCUCCUUGUAGUUGCACUGGCAAGAGUGGUUCUGGGCUUACUGGUGCAGUGACUGCUGUUUGUCGAUUGAAUUUUGAGUGGACUUUAUUUGGAUUAAUAUUAGUUUUUUUUUUGUUAUGUUAGUUCAACUUCAUUCUGUUAGAUUUUGGAUUACUUAAAGAAAUGAAUCAGAAGUGAAUUGCUAAUAUACAUUUUGCUGUUGUGCACUAUUA